CAGACCCAAGCUCCGAGAUAUAUAUCAGCGUCAUCACCCAGUCAACCACCCUCUCUUUGUUCCCCUCCACUACCACCUUACCUUUGACUCCAACUCUGACCAACCCAACAGAGUGAGCUCAUCGCCCACAUCCCGUCGCCAACCAUGAAGUCCCUUCUCCUCCCGCUUCUCUCCCUUCUCUCCCUCUCCUCUUCCGCCCUCGCCGCCACCCGUAUCUCUCCUCCUUCCUCCGCCUGUCUCCGCGUCGGCGCCGGCCAACAGUACUCAAACAUCCAAUCCGCCGUCAACGCCCUCUCCACCACGGCUUCCGGGUCUCAAUGCAUCUUCAUCUACCCCGGCACCUACUGGGAACAGGUCCUCAUCCCGGCUCGCUCCGCCCAGCUCUCCAUCUACGGAUACACUGCCAACACCCAAGGCUAUGCUUCCAACACCGUCACCAUCAUCGCCAACAGAUCCCAGGCCGAUGGCCUAAGCAACGACCAGACGGCUACUGUGCGCGUCAAGAGCAGCAACACUCGCUUGUAUAACCUCAACAUUGAGAAUGCCCACGGCAAGGGCAGCCAAGCCGUGGCGCUGAGCGUGGCCGCCAACGGCGUGGGCGUGUACGGAUGCCAGUUGAAGGGAUUCCAGGAUACGCUGCUAGCGGAGGACGGAGCGCAGCUGUAUGCCCGGACGUUGAUUCAGGGAGCCACGGAUUUCAUCUUUGGACAGCGCGCACCGGCGUGGUUUGAGAAGUGCGAUAUCAAGGUCAUGGCUGCUAAUCUUGGGUAUAUCACCGCCUCGGGUCGUGAUUCUUCGAGCAACCCAGCCAACUACGUCUUCAACAGCUGCUCCAUCGCCGCCGCUGCCGGUAACAAUGUGCCCUCGGGAGCCUACUACCUCGGUCGUCCUUGGCGCCAAUUCGCUCGCGUCACCUUCCAGAAGACCAGCAUGACCAACGUGAUCAACCCUGCCGGCUGGCAGAUCUGGAACAACGGCGAUGCGAGGACCAGCAACGUUGAGUUUGGCGAGUACGCUAACACUGGUGCGGGCGCGAGCGGGGCCAGGGCGAGCUUUAGUAAGAAGUUGGGUUCCCCCGUCAAGAUUGAGUCGGUGCUGGGGAGUCGUUACACUCGUCAGGGUUACUAUGAUUCUAGCUAUAUGUAAGCUAGGGGGGAUCUUGAUGAGUGGAGAAGGAGAGGAAAGGAAGGCAGUGAAUGGGAGGUGGGUUGAUGGAAGGAUUUGUAUUCGAAUAGACAAUUGUCGAACCGGACCGCAACGACGGAUCAGGAUUUUGAAUAACAUAAAUAGAGGUGUUGUCCCCAGGUAAUGCCAAAAUGAUUCUGAAAAAAAAAA